AUGUCGAGUCGUCCGAUGAACGAUGACGAGGUUCUCUCCGAGAUGAAGAAGAUGGUGGCUUUCAUCAAACAAGAAGCAGUUGAGAAGGCUCGCGAGAUUCAGAUCAAGGCCGACGAAGAGUUCGCCAUCGAAAAGGCCAAGAUCGUCCGUCAAGAAGCCAUCAACAUCGACUGGCAGUAUGAAAAGAAGAUCAAGCAGGCCGAGGUCGCUCAGAAGAUUGCUCAGUCGAACCAAACAAACAAGUCACGAUUGAAAAUCCUUCAGACUCGUGAACAGCACCUGCAAUCCCUGUUUGAUGCUGCACGAGACAAGCUCAACGACAUUGCCAAGGAGCAGGAAAAGUACAAGAAGCUUCUCAGCAAGCUUAUUCUCCAGGGCUUGUUGCAAUUGAUGGAGUCCAAGGUUACAGUCACAGUCAGGUCAAACGAUGUGCAGUUGGCGCAGGAGGCCGCCAAGCAAGCCGAGAAGGAUUUCAAGGACAAGUCGGGCAAGGAUGCAAGCGUCACAGUACAGCAAGGUCUCAACAAGGACAGUGCCGGUGGAGUCGCACUCUCGGGUCACGCUGGAAAGAUUACGAUCAACAACACACUCGAAGAGCGCCUUCGCCUGCUUGAAGACCGCAUGCUUCCCGAAAUCCGCUUGGAUCUCUUUGGACCCAACCAGAACCGAAAGUUCAACACUUAG